GAACGAAAUUGCACUAGAAUACUGUAUGAUCAUAAGCUAAAGCCGGUGCACCAAGGAGAUCAGCUGCUGUAUCAAGCGUGUGUAAGGCAAAUGGAAGGCUUUAAAAGGCUUCGCUUGGCUGUCAUUCAUGUUAUUCCAGUGUGCAGUUCAGAAGAGAAAACACAUAUCUUUAGGUAAAAUAGACGUGAUGCUGGUAGGAUCUAGCAUGCGCUCCCCUCGAGGCAUCCAUACUUUCUACAAUCCAACGACCAAGACAUGGAGCGGCAAGCGGAAUCCACCCUUGUACAACCCACAGCAAACACUAGGCGAACUUAUUGUCGCCAUUCUUGCCAGAACACCCAACCACAUAACUCAAAUCAGCACCGAUAGUGGAGCCCGAGUGACAUGCUCCGAAAUGCGACUGAGAACAAUCCGCACGGCACAGAACCUCACCAACAUGGGUUACACCCACGAGGACGUCUUCACAAUGGCAGUUAAAAACGAUGAACUGCUAGCACCAGUGCUUUUCGCUUGCUUCACGCUGGGAAUACCCGUUAACACGCUGGACGCAUCCUUCAAGCGGGAUGACUUCAGCUACAUGUUAACAACCGUGAAACCAAAAGUAGUUUUCUGUGAUCAAGAUGCGCUGAAUGAAAUGGAGGCCGCUAUACAAACUGCUGGUAUUGAACCUGUUGUCAUACUCUUCGGCAAAAAGAUCGAUGGAUACAUGCAUAUCCAAGAAUUGAUGAACCCUACGGGUAAGGAGGAACCAUUCGUACCCCCACAUUUUGAUGACUCCGCCAACCGUUUAGCUAUUAUCUUGUGUUCCUCCGGAACAACCGGACGUUCCAAAGGAGUUUGUCUAUCCCACUCGGUAUGCAUUGCUAACCUGUUGAACGGAUUCCAAUGCUAUCCCUCGGAUGUACUGUUUUGCUUUAGUUCACUUUACUGGUUGUCAGGACUAGCGUUCCUUAUAUCGGGCACAAUUUCUGGGGCAACUCGAAUUAUCACACGGGAAUCGUACGAUCCGUCGCUCGCAUUGGAUAUUAUCGAAAAAUACCGGGUAUCACUCACAAUGUUCUCACCAGCAACAACACUGGAGAUACUGAAACAUCCCCUUAUGGAGAAAACCAAUUUGUCCAGCAUUCGAGCUUUUGUGUGUGGUGGAGCAGCAGUACCCGCCAGUAUGAAACAUUCCUUCGAACGAAUAGUGCCAAACGCAACGUUUCACGUUGGAUAUGGUCUCUCCGAAGCAGGAGGUGUAGUGACACUUACUGACAAUGAUUGCUAUAAGGACGGAACAACGGGAUAUAUAAACGCCGCUUGUCAAGCCAGAAUUAUUGAUGACAGUGGGCAUCCUCUGGAUAUUGGCCAAGAGGGAGAAAUCGCCCUCAAAAUGACUUACAACUUCAUGGGUUAUUUCGGGAACGAGGAUGCCACUAGAGAGAUUCUGGACAGCGAAGGUUGGUUACACACGGGAGAUAUUGGAAGAUUCGACGAAGAUGGCUUGUUGUAUGUGAUAGAUCGUAAAAAAGAUAUUAUUAAGUAUAACGGCUACCAGAUUUCGCCGAGUGAAAUUGAGAGCGUUAUCCAGUCGAUGCCAGGUAUAAUCAAUGUUUGUGUAACCGGAGUUCCUGUUCCUGGCAGUGAUCUUCCAGCUGCAUUGGUCGUUAAAUCAAAUGGAACAGACGUUGACAGAGACGGAAUUCACCAGCUCGUGGAGAAUAAACUGGGCAGUUACAAGCAGUUGCGAGGAGGUGUAUAUUUCACCAGUGUACUACCAAUGACGCCUUCAGGCAAGAUAUUACGGAGGAAGUGUCGCGAUAUUGUAACCGGAAUGUAUAACUGUAACAAUGUUGAAUCAGAACGAUAAGUACCCUCAUCCCAUGUGCUUGUAUGUAGCUUAUACAAAGAACAUAUGUGUGAACAUAUAUGAUAUCAGAGGUUCUGUUACUAAUAUGUUUCUAUAAUAUUUAUAUUAUUUGAAAUUAUAUAAUAAAACUAUUAUUUUUUAAA